AUGCCGCUUUACCCAGGAGCUUCCCAAGGAUGCGAUGAAUGCCGCCGACGCCGCAAGAAGCUUCCUGUUGGAAUUAACAAACAUACCCGAAGCUUCCUAGCAGAUUCAGAUUGGAUACACCUCCCAUUUCUGAAUAGUAAGAAGACCAGAAAGGAGCUUCUUCACGAUAUUGCGUUGCCGAUACCAGGACUUUUCUACCAAACAGAUCGAUGGCUCGAUGGGCAUUCCGCUUCCAACAAUUCCGACCACCAAGAGAUCUCAGACUCUCCAGAUCAAAAUCUAGAAACCGGUUUCUCACUUCUAAAUGAUCACCAGAUCAUCUUCGAUCAACUAGAAGAGUGGGAAAGCAACUGGAAAGCAUCCGAACAAGGCCCUCUGUAUUGGUAUUCGGAUAUCCCAAUGCCCAGCAAAUUUAUUGACGUCGACUCAGUCUGUAUACCUUCAUUCCCAAAUGAAACAUAUCAAGUUCGCUUCCAAAAUACCCAAAAGGCAGGUCUUGCUGUGACCUUCUGGUCCUUUCGUCUGGAACUUCUUAUGGGAAUGAUCAAACUCCAGCGAAGCUUAUGUGGCCCACAGGCUGAAUCGUUGGAGAGAAACAUGGCCAUGGCGGAAGAGACAGCUUGUUUGAUUCUGCAAACUGCACCAUAUCUUACAUGUUGUUUUGAGGGUGCGGUGGCUUCAAAAGCACCGCUUCGGACUAUAACGAGAUACUUUGAGCUGGCAGCUUUGGAUCAAGACUUGUAUUUGCCGGCAGUUAGCAUUUGA